AUGCCGCCGGCUGCACUUGCACGACUGCGUGGCACUAAGGCGUUUGCCACGGAGAACGAAUUCUUUCAAAAGUUGUUGUCUGACUUGGAAGCUGAGCCAGAUCCACUGGUUCGUACUACCAAAAAGGAGGCGAUAGUAGAGCUCGGUUUGAUCUUCGUGAAUCGAUUAAUUCCCCUCCUGAAAGACAACGCUUCAGCUCUUCCAAAAUGUGUGGAAUGGUUGCAGAAAAUAGCAUCAAUCGAGGCUCAGGCCCGAGAAGGACCCCGGGUCUUCAUCGGAGUGGUUGGUUCAACAGGGAGCGGAAAGUCAUCAUUAAUCAACGCUCUUCUAGAUAAAUCCGUGGUCCCUUCUAACUGCAUGCGGGCGUGUACUUCAGUAGUUGUGGAAAUCAGCUUCAAUGAAUCUACCAACAGCGAAGAGAAGUAUGCAGCAGAUGUACAUUACAUCACUCCACAAGAAUGGGCUUUGGAAUUUGAAACUCUCAAACGAGACAUCAUGGACGACCUCGAGGACGAUGCGCUCGGCGAUGAUCAGUCAACCGAAGCAAAGACUGCAAGCGAUAAACUUAAAGUGAUAUACCCUGGGGUGGAUGUCAAGAAAAUACUGGAUAUGACAAUGGAACAGCUAGGCAGAGUCCGAGAUUUGUCGACCAUUCUCGGACAGACGGUAAUGAUCCGCGAAUCAACAGCAAAAUCCUUCUCACAAAAGAUCAAUGAUAUCAUCAGCAGCACCGGCGAAGAAGAUCAGGCAGCUUGUUGGCCCUUCGUACAAGUUGUGAAGGUCCGCUUGAAAGCCCCUAUUUUGCAGAACGGUCUUGUUCUGGUAGAUCUUCCAGGCCAGGGAGAUUACAAUGAGGCCAGAGCCCGUGUUUCUGAGAGCUACAUUCGGAAGCUGAGCCAUAUUUGGGUCGUUGCUAAGAUUGACCGAGCCGUUGACGAGUCUGUUGCGAGAAACCUUCUCGGGAGCAACUUCAAGAGACAAUUACUUAUGGAAAAUAAGUAUAAUAACAACUUUCUUACCUUCAUUGCAACUCACACAGAUAACGUGGACUACAGUAAUGUCAUUCAGGAGCAACAAGGAAAGGACCAACUAUUGACCGACGUACUCAACGAGCAGAAGCAACAAAAAUUGGCCUUGGGGGACUGUACCAAGCAACGCCGAGCACUUCAGAACGGUCUUAAGAAGGUUAAUGCAGAUAUCAAAUCAAUUAAAGGACUCCAAGGUGAUGUCCCUUCCCAAACAUUGCAUAGAAAGCGGAAGAGGAACGACAUGGCCGAAGCAACAGAAUCGAUCAACGAGUCAAGCCUGCACAAUCCAUCUUCUCGCCUCAAAACCAUUCAAGAACAGAAGAAAAGUAUGUUGGAGGAAAAGCGUACUGCGGUAAAGAGAGAAGGCGAGCUGAAGGCAAACGUCGAAACAUUACGCAUUAAAGUGAUGAUGGAAUGCAUCUCCACUCGCAAUAGAAUCGUGCAGAAUCGUCUGCAACACGACUUCGAGUCGGGCCUCACUGAGUACAAGCAGAAAGUGAGCCAGUCGCGAGAUGGUGGAAACUCCAAGGUCCCAGUGGUCACCAAGGAUAUACGACAAUGCAACUUAAGAACCUUCUGUGUAUCUUCGACGGCUUACGAAUCCUUGCAGAAGAAAAAGGCAUGGUCUAAGAAGCCGGAAGCUUUUCCAACCUUGGAUUCGACGCAGAUUCCACAACUGCAGAACUUUGCAAAACAGUGUACUCUGGCUCGAAAAGAGAGAGAUGCGAGCAACUUGAUCACUCAAUUAGGUCUCAUGUACGUUGACAUCAAAGCCUCGGCAGAAAGUAAGAACGAAACGCAUGGCCUGUCAGAGGACCAGAGAGUGGAGUUACAGAGUUUGUUGAUACAGAAGUUUAAGAUGCAUGAACAGGCGAUCCAACAACUUCAGAAUGAUACGAAGUCCGAACUCCACUUGUGCAGUAACGAGUUGCUAUCAACACUGGCCAGAGCGGUGUCUGGAGCACCAGGAAUGGCCGCGAAGCGAUGCGAACGCAUAAAAUCCCAAAAGCUACGCCCGCAGACAUGGAAGGCAAUUUGCGCCCGAAAUGGUGUCUACAUGACCUCCGGUAAGAACCAGCAACGUCAUAACUGGCAAGAACAAUUCGCCAGUGUCAUACUCGUUCCAUUGACGGCCGCCUGGGACGAUAUCGUGAAUAAGUUGAUACCCAAAGUCCUCCAGCAACAUGAGACGAAUGUCCUCAAAGAGUUCAGUACCUACGCCGACGAUAUCAAAAAUACAGUUGAACUUAUUUGCGACCCAGGGUACAAGCCUCUCCAAGGAAUACUUGAACAGGUUUCGCUACUAAAGGACGAAGCAAAUACUCAAUUAUCUGAUAUUCGAAAACUGGGGAAAUUUGCUCAGGAGAUUUCUAUUGAAACCACUAGGCUGGCUGCUAUAAGCUUGAAACCAUAUACAUCCAAAAUGGGCAAGGAAAGAGGAAAAGGAGUAGGAAAUCGGAUGAAGGAUCUUCUAUCAGAUCAUAUUGAGAAGACGUCUAUGUACGUCAAUAUGGACCAGAAUAUCCGGAACAUUUUUGAGAAGAAAAAGCAUGAGCUAUCCCACAAGCUACUCGAAACGUCUAUGAAAGCAUCAAGCAAGCUCCACGAAGAUCUCGAGGCUAUGUUUAAAGCCCCUGCUUCUCAAGUCAGCCGUUUGGAUCCAUCAACUCUUGUUUUGAAAGCGAAGCUUUUGAAGGAGGGUCACGCCAUUGAAAAGGCAUGGAUGAAUGCGCGUGAGAAAAACGAGGUUGUCCAUACUUCCAUCGAGCCAAAUUCCGAAGGCUCCGAAGACCCCGACAGUGAUGACGAUGGCGCCAGUGAUGGAGGUGACGAUGAUGGAAGUGAUGGAGGGGAUGAUGAUGAAGACGAGCAAAAGUUCAAGGAGCUUGGUAUUAUCAUGCAACAGUUGAGCAAGCAAACUAACAGCUCUUAAGCUGGAGAUAGUGGUGGCGGUCACUUUUUGCCCCUGCAUAUAUUCAAAGGGUUGGGAGAAUUGAGUUCAACACUCAGAAAUAGUUCUAC